AUGGCCCUGGGUAGACCAGGGCGCGGUCUGGGGAAGCCCACGGCCGCUCAAAGGGAUUUGCUGCUGUCUAUUGAACUGUCUGCCCAACGGCUUUUGAAGGACGAUGUGCAAGUGGACUGGACUAAUGCUGCUAUUAGAGAGGACUUUGACAAACGCUCAGUGAGCUACACUGGAGAGGAGGUGUGCAAAGCGGAACCCCUGUCGUUGAGGCGAGUGAUACCUGGGCUGCCCCCUGAGGGUCAUGGCGGUUCCAUUCAGGCCACAGACUGGGUGGAUGGUAGGACGCGAACGCUGUUAGAGCACCCGGAGCUCUGUGUCACCCCUGACGUAGGACAGGAGCUGCCUAGGUUGCAAGGUAAGAUUCAUGUUGAGCCUGAAGACAGGAUGGCGUUGUCCUUGGAACUUGUGAGGCGAGGUAUUUGUCGUUGGAUCCCUGAGAACAAAGUUGCCAAGUACCGAGGUGAAAAAGUUCUGAACGGCAUGUUUGGGGUCCCUAAGUCAAAGCUGCUCCCAGAGGGGCAAACGAUCUUGAGGUUGAUUAUGAACCUGGUUCCCUCCAAUUCCAUUCUACGUGUGAUCACGGGUAGAGUCUCCGCCUUGCCAAGUAUUACACAGUGGCUGAAUGUGGUGGUGGACGAAGGUGAGACCAUCCGCAUUGCACAAAGUGAUAUGGCUUGUGCCUUCUACCUGUUCGCUAUGCCUGAGUGUUGGUCAUCGUACUUGGCGUUCAACUUGUCGUUCACAGCUGCGGAGUUACCGCUAGUUCAGAGUUCUGACCCAAGAGAACGAUGGUAUUUGGCGUGCCGGGUUCUCCCUAUGGGUUGGUCGUCUGCCGUAGGUGUGAUGCAGUCCAUUGCGGAAGAUGUUCUCUUGAAGGGGGGGUUUGAUCCGGCAGGUCAGGUUACGAAGGUUGUGGCUUUACCCCCUUGGAUUCUGGCCAGCGCGGCUGAAGGGCAGUUGCAAGGAAAACCAUGGUGGCAGGUCUAUUUAGACAACUUUGCGGCUGGAGCUAAGGUGAAAAGUGAUGAGGCUGGAGAGCUGAUCCGUAUGCAACAGGAUGCUGAGGCAAUCUGGCAGGAAACAAGUAUAGUAGUGUCACCUGGCAAGGUGGUUGCGGCAGAAAGUGGAGUGGAACUGGGCGCCUUCGUGGGAGGCAAUGGUCAAUGGCUUGGUGCAAGCGCAGAGAGGUGGCCUGAGACCGUGUUUCAUGAAGACGUGCGGACGCUGACCAAGGAUGUUCUGUUGGAGCUUCUCAAAGAUGUUGGGGACUUUGAAGCUGUUCAUCUCUGGGCAGGUUUUCCGUGUGUUGAUGUAAGUUCAGUGCGGGCCAACCGGCAAAACCGGAGUGGUCCAUCCAGCAGCCUUAUUCAUGAGGCCAUCCGAGUUUUUGGAGACUGCGCAGAGCUCUUCCCUGAGAAGAAUUUCCAAUUUUUCGUGGAAAAUGUCGCUAGCAUGGAUAACGAGGUGAGGGAUCAGAUCAGUGGCUUGCUUGAAGUGCAACCUUACAGGCUGUGGGCUCCGGUUGCCUUUGCUUUGCCCCCUGCAGGUUUUUGGGGCAUGUUGAGAACAGGCGAACUUUUUGAGCUCCGCUUGCGGCAUUUGCUCCUGAAAGGCCCUACUCUUUACGCAGAGGCGGUGCCACAGAAGAUUUCCGCCAACACGGCCUUAUGGAACGCAGCCUUUUGCGUGGACGUUGGGGGUCCUCGGGCGCAGCCCGUCAAUAUAUCCAGGAAGGGUUGA